GCCGCCCUUCCACGUCCGACGACGCGAUGCAGCUCGCGCACGUCGGCCUUCGCCGCUCGCUGCACGGCGACGAGACCUUCGACAUCAGGCAGCUCAACAAGACGAGUCUGCUCGCCUCCCUGCGCGCCGUCCAGUUGUCCAACGCGGCCGACGACGUGGCGGCCCACGAGUGCCCAGAGUGCGCCGAGGGCCUCGCCGCCGACGCGGAGGACUACCUCGCCGACGCGAGCGAGCUGGUGCUCGGCAGCGCGCCGAGCCAGCAGGAGGUCCUCCUCAAGCUGAACGUCGCCGGCUGGCCAAUCACGCCCGAGGACGUCGCCGCCAUCGUGCCGGCCUUUGCGGGCCCGCUCAACGUGUCGCCGCUCCUCGUCUCGGCGGAGGUGGUCCACGCGUCGGAGAGCAGCCCCUCGCCGCCCACGCAGCAGGAGCGCGCCUCCGCCCGGGAGGGCGAGGCGGUCCCGCCCGUCCUCAUCCUCGAGGUUGUCGCGGCGGCGGGCUUCCUCGUCGUGGUCGGCGUCAUCGCGCUCCUCUUCUGCCGCCGCCGCGCGGGCGAGGAGGGGGCGGCCAAGGAGGCGGCGGAGGAGGGCGGCCCCGCGGCGUUUGACUGGGCCGGCCGCCCCCUCAAGCCCGCCUCCAAGAAGGCGGCGCGCAGCAGCCUCAUCUCCAAGCCGUCGCGGAUCGCCGUGCGCGCGACCAUCGACCCGAGCGUCGCGGCCGCGAACCGGAACCCAAAGGCGCUCGACCGCGCCCGGAUGAGCCGCAAGAGCAGUCUCCCGGUGAUCAUCGACCACCCCGUCACCGAGCUGUCCACGGUCAGCGCGGGCGCAGAGCCCUCGGGCGGCGCGUCGAGCAGCUCGGUGCCCGCGAACCCCUUCCUCCAGCCCGCCGAGCCGCCCGCGCCGCCGCCGCCGGUGGUGAGGGAGAUGACGCCGGCGCCCGCAUCGCGGGGGCUCGCGGCCGCGGACGGCGAGGUUGAGGUGAGCAACCGCAACGAGAUGUACGACGCGCUCGACAUCCCGCCGGUGCUGUCGCCGAGCGACCGCGUGUCGCCCGACGACGACAUCCAGGUCGCUGUGGUGCAGGUGUGAAGGUGCACACACAAGUUGCUUGCUUGACAGGCCGACGCGGGGCAUAUUACUGUACGCUGGGGCGAGGCCCGCUCGGACCGCGUUGUACGAUCUCUCGGGUACAAUUCUCGCAGUGCGCACAGGGGUCGGCUGAGGAGUGGGGUGAGCAAGCGCAGAGUGGAGUCAGAGUUGUGUGCGUGUGUGGAUCCGAUUCCUGUCUGUGAGGCUGAGCGCAGCUGUGCGGCUGCGGGAGAGGGGCGAUCUGGGUUUCGCAUAUCGCACUGCGUGGCACGCCGGUGGCCGGUGCGAGUGUGUGUGAGACUGACGGAGAGCCCACACCGCUCUCUAUACGUGAACGUGUGCAGAGAGAGUAACGGCCUUUACGUGGGGGGGGGCGCCACACACACCUGUAGCAUGUGUGCAUAAGCGGGAACCGCGUUCUUGUGCUUUUGUGCGUUGUGGGUUGCGCGUUUUCUUUUUUGCCUCCUUACAAGUUGAAG